UUGAAAACUUUCAGGUGUCGUGAGUUCUCAAUCUCAUCGAGAGUGUAAUGGACACGAUUGUGAAUUGAGAACACGGACAACUCUGUUUACAGACUUAAUUGUUAAGGUUUAAGGCUACCUACAUUUUGUAUGGUCACAUUUGAGUGAUGAAACUGGAAGGCAAUGAAGGGCAUGGAGGAGCCAAAACAUCCAGCAGGAAAAGAACAGCAUCAGAAUCUAAGAGGGAUGAGAGCCCAACAGACAGGAAGAGGAGUAAGGAUGGGGAAAGGGACAAAAAAGAGGAAACCGAGCUGAAGCACAAGGCGAAGCACUCCAGUUCUAAGCAUCCUCGUAAACCUCUGCAGGAGCCGAAGAUCACAAGUUCUGGGGGCUUAAAAGCUGUCUCGGAGAACAACCAUGCAGAUGUGAAGACCAAAGGUGUAGCCAUGGAUGCAUCACUACCUUCUGAAAAGAACACCAUUGACUUAAACAACAAUAUCUCUGCCAAGCACACGGAAUCAGAUGAGAGGAAAGUGAUCAAGACUGAGAUACGGGAAGUUGACUUGUUUGCACCAAUUGAGCAUUCAGAUAUGGAGAGCUCUGACAAAAAAUCCAAGAAAACUGGGCAUUCACAAAAAGAUAACAAACACAAGCACAAAUCUAAAAGUGGCAAAAAGGGACACCACGGGACAGACGAGAAAAAUCCUGAGCAGAGAAAAGUUGGUGAAAUAUCAGCUAACAGUUCCGAUGUCAACUCUAAAAAGAGGAAGAGCAAAGAUUCAUGUGAAACGAAUGUUCUACCGACCGGUGACAGUAAAAAAGAAACUGCCGUAAAAAAGGAGAAUACCAAGAAAGAAAGGGAGAAAAAAGAUAGACGUGGUAAAGACACAAAGACAACCGGUAAAAAGAAGCCAGAAGGGAAAGAGGAAUCUAAGAAGAAGAAAAAAGAUGGAGAUGAUGGGAAGUCCAAGAAGGGUGGGAAAAAAGAAGGGGAGGACAGUACAUGGAAAUGGUGGGAGGAAGGUAAUUCCAACAACGGGAUCAAAUGGACCACGUUGGAACACAAAGGUCCACUUUUCCCACCAGAAUACGAACCAUUACCAAAUAAUGUGUCUUUCUUUUACAAUGGGAACCCAAUAAAACUGUCUUUGCCUGCUGAGGAAGUAGCCACGUUUUACGCCAAGAUGCUGGACCAUGAGUACACAACCAAGAGUUCCUUCCAGGAGAACUUCUUCACCGACUGGAGAGAGGAAAUGACAGUAGAGGAGAGGGAACAGAUCAAGAAGUUGUCGAAGUGUGAUUUCACACAUAUCAACAAGUACUUCCUGGAUAAGUCUGAGGAGAAGAAGGCUAUGACUAAAGAACAAAAACAGGUCCUGAAAGAGGAGAACAACAAGCUGACGGAGGAGUAUGGCUUCUGUGAGCUGGACGGUCACCGGGAGAAGAUCGGGAACUUCCGUGUGGAGCCUCCGGGGCUGUUCCGUGGCCGGGGAGAACACCCCAAGAUGGGCAAGAUGAAGAAGAGGAUCCAGCCAGAGGAAAUCACCAUCAACUGCAGCAAAGGCUCCAAUAUUCCGGUGGCCCCAAAGGGCCACAGGUGGAGGAAGGUGCAGCAUGACAACACAGUGACCUGGCUAGCCUCCUGGGUGGAGAACGUCCAGGGCAACUUCAAGUACGUCAUGCUCAACCCCAGCUCCAAACUCAAGGGGGAGAAGGACUGGCAGAAGUACGAGGUGGCUCGUAAACUCAAGCUGAAGGUGGAGACCAUCAGGAGGCUGUACCGUGAGGACUGGAAGAACCGAGAGAUGAAGACCAGACAGAGAGGAGUGGCUCUCUACUUCAUCGACAAGCUGGCCCUGCGAGCGGGGAAUGAGAAGGAGGAGAGUGAGACAGCGGACACGGUGGGCUGCUGCUCUCUGAGAGUGGAACACAUCACCCUGCACCAGGAGAAGGGGGGCCAGGAGUUCAUGGUGGAGUUUGACUUCCUGGGCAAAGACUCUAUUCGCUAUUAUAACGAGGUGCCUGUGGAAGGCAGGGUUUUCAAGAACCUGAAGCUGUUCAUGGAAAACAAGGAGCCUGAGGAUGACCUGUUUGAUAGAAUAAAUACUACCUACUUGAACAAGUACUUGAACCAGUCCAUGCCGGGGCUGUCAGCAAAAGUGUUCAGAACCUUCAACGCCUCCACCACUCUGCAAGAACAGCUCAACAAGCUCACCACUGCUGACAUGAGUCUGGAGGAGAAACUGCUGUCCUAUAACCGAGCCAACAGAGCUGUGGCCAUUCUCUGUAACCACCAGAGGGCAGCACCCAAGACCUUUGAGAAAUCCAUGCAAAACUUGCAGGACAAGAUUGCGCAGAAGCAGCAACAGUUAGAUGUGGCCAAGAAGGAGCUGAAAGAAGCCCAAAAAGAGCACAAGAAGGGCGGAACUGAGAGGACCAGGAAGCUUGUUGAGAAGACGGAGUCUGUGGUGAAGAGGCUGGAGGAACAGCUGAAGAAACUCCAGCUGCAGAUGACUGACAGGGAGGAGAACAAAAUCAUUGCUCUGGGCACGUCCAAACUCAACUACCUGGACCCCAGGAUAUCAGUGGCCUGGUGUAGGAAAUUCAAUGUGCCAAUCGAGAAGAUUUACAACAAAACCCAAAGAGACAAGUUUGCUUGGGCCAUUGAUAUGACUGAAGAAGAUUUUCAGUUUUGAACUGUCGCCCUGUCAGCUAGACAGAUUUUGCAUUGUUUAAUUUCCUGUAACUUUUUUUUAUGUUCCCUUUAUAAUUUCAACUACUUAGGUCUUUAUUUGUUGUUGGUUACUAGCAGUGUUUGUUUUCUGACUUGACAACGCGCACAUCUGUGAGAAUUAAUCAGUUAUAAUAGACAAGGAACAUUUUGUGUUUAAGAUUUGUUUCCUUUGUUAACAAUAGUAAAUGUGUGAAAUAAAAUACCUUUUCAUUGA